AUGCUAUUGGACCAGCUUCCUACAGAAAUAAUUCAUCAUAUAGCAUCUCAACUUCCAGCUGCGUCCUCGAUCAUCAACUUCUCUCUGACAAACCGAAACAUCCACGCACAAAUUUCUGGGGACGACUAUGCUACGUUCAGGUCGUUCGUGCAACGGAGUUUUCCUACAAUAAGGACACCUCCCAUUUGGAAGGAAGCAGCAUGUAUACUUACGACUCGGUCGCGCGCCUGGGACCGGAGAGCCUUUGUCGCAAAAGCGCUCAUACCGCCAACAGACCGGCUCAACCCACUAUAUUAUGGGAGAGCAAACGGCCCAAGCAUUGGCUACGCUCCAGCAAUAGACAGCUACGAAACAUGGGAUGGAUCUCGAUGGGCACAGAGACACGAAGUGCUUGUAUGGGGAGCCGCGGGAAGGCUGAUGAUGCGUAUCAAGGAACAACAUUCUACCACGUGGCACACCCACAGAAUUGAUGACGAUCAUCUGCCGCAAAAUGAUAUUCUGGAUGUUCGCCUUCUCCGACCAAACCAAAGACAGGCUCGGACUGGAGAAGAAGUGAUAAUCAGACGAGCGAAUAAGCAGAUCACGAAGCUCGAACUAGACCAUUAUCAUCGUGGCAUUCAGGCAGGGACACUUUUUGACACAAAGAGUCUUGUCGCAGAAAGUAUGGAUGUCAGCCAUACUUCCAAACCUCUGGUGGCUGUUUGCGGUCCAGAGCGCAUUCAUAUCUUUGACGGAAAUGCCAAUGAACAGAUUGCCCAGCCAAUUUUUACAUCGAAUACCGGACAGGACUUCGUCUACAAGCACCGCAAACGCUGCACCACCUUUCUCGAUAGUGAGCGACUGGCAGUUGGUAUUCAGUACCUAGAAGGCCACGGCGUUGCGCCAAUAAACAUCUACCGCAUCACACCGUAUGGACUAUCUAGCUCGCCAGAGCACUGUCUAGCAUCUAGCAGCGGACACACUUCGGCCCCAGGACGGAUUCGUACCAACACAAACACCAUCGUGCCACUCGAUGAUGUCUCAAGCCUGAGUGGCAGAGCUGGCGAUGUCUUUCUGUCAGGCUGGUCUGACGGGGUCGUCCGACUCUACGACAUAAGAGCGCCUACCCACCCCAGCAUGGAAUUCCUAGAUGGUGUUGACGAGGGGCAAAUCCUGUCUUUGCUACCAAUAGGCCAUGAAAGAUUCCUUGCCGGCAGUUUCCAGAACGCCUGUUUAAAGACUUUUGAUUUAAGAAUGCCAGGCGCUAAGGUGUACUCAUAUCUGGAUGCUGCAUCAUCUCCAUCAAUCGUCUCAAACCCUGGCGCGAUUACUUCUUCUAGAGAGGCCUCUCGCUCUCAACAGCAAGGGCCUGUGGAUGAGGCAGUCAGCAGACAACUCAACAUCUUCCUUGCCAUCCGCGUUCAAUGCCCCAUGCGACUGUGGCGACCUCUGCCUGACCAGCAACUUUCUUCGCUGCCUCGAUACCGAGGCCCUGUUUACUGCUUGUCAGCGCCAUCUCGUGCUUCCCCUACAGUAUACGCCGGGGUAGAAAAUCAUGUCAUCCAAUUGGAUUUUGUAUCGACCGAUGACAUCCGGAAAGGUCGUCAAGAUCUAUCUGCAUUUGGGGUUGACAUUGGUAAAGGGGGUAAGGAACAGAUACUCAACCUUUCGUGUUAUGAGAGACCACGCCCAGGUCAUGAAAGCACGGACACUCUGCUCAUACGGAACCAGACGAGCUGGAAGGGAACUGGAUCAGGAGACGUGUUGGUCGAUGACGGGUGGGACGAGAGAUGGAGAAUGGCGACAUGGGACGCUCGCAGAAGCACUUCAUGGCGCAGAAAUAUCCGGACAAGGUAG